GUGAUGUCUGGAAUACAGAAACGAAAACAAAGAUUGUGUAGUAGAAAUCAGGAAUCGUAGAGAGAAUAAUGUACUGUAUUUAGAAAUAAUAAAAAAUCCUGAAGAAUGGGGAAGUUCAAGCUAUGGGAUGGAAUGUUCAAACAGAUGUUCCUGCCCGAAGAGUGGGGUGCGGCUAUCGAGAGGCCUUGCAGGGAAAUGGAUUGUACAGAGUUACCUCUGACACAUGUCAAGUUUGGUUAUGACGACAUAAUGACGAGGUACAAAACGACCGUGACAGCUGAGGCGCUUAGGCUGUGUCAGCGAGACCACAUGGGGGAGGGCUACGACAACAUCAAAUACAACUUCGCAGUCAACCAAGAAGGGAUAAUUUACGAAUGCAGAGGUUGGUUUACAGAACCCGUCCUGCCAUUGAAGUAUGUACCUCUUCGCUACAAAAUCAUUGACAUUUGUUUUAUCGGAGACUUUAGUGAGAAGGACCCACCAUGGCCUAUGAUGGACUCCGCCCUUCACAUCAUCAUGAAGGGUCUCCGAAGUAAGUUCAUCAACACCAACUACAGACUCAUCGGACUACGCGAUCCUCCUGAAGGACCAGUCAGUUUUAUAGACGAAUCUUGAACCAACUGAUUUUGCUAACACUAUUAAUGAAUGAACUAAUGAAACCUUUUACAUAUUUUAAAAGUGUUGGUGAAAUGUAUAUUAACGUUAAACCU